GAGAACCACUAAGGCAGAUUAAAAAAAAUCCAAAACCAGACACUGGUUUGGUGUAAAUAACCAAACUAUAAUUAAUGCACUUUACAUUUGUAUCAGUAAAAGUCAAGCACUUGCGACUGCGAGGUGGUGGGAGGCGGGGCCCCCAAAAUCAAAUUCAGCUUAGUGCCUCAUAAAAUGUUGGGCCGGCCCUGCUGCAGUGUCUUAAGACCCACCGAGUUCUCACGCCCUUCACUUUGUCUUACUUUCGGUUUGAGCUGGCGUCGGCAUUUAGAGGGGAUUCUCUUUAUUGAUGCUGUUGUUUCCUCCACACGAGGCAGAGACACUGGUGAUGAGAGGCGGAGCAAACAAACACUGACAUAAAAGUGAAUAGAAAGGGGAAACAAAUAAGAAAACACGCAGGUGUGUGAACGUCACUCACACGGCGGGUGGAGAUCCGGGACCGUCCGCACUCUCAGUCUCUCCUGCAGCCGGAGAGCGCGCACCACACACGGGAUACACCACGGGAAGAGUGUCGGUGCGAACUUUGUGUUUGUCUGGGAAAACACACACACACACACACACACACACACACAAUGGAGAAGAGCCAUGGAUUCACGAGGACACUUCUUCAUCAUCACCAUCAUCAUAACCGCGUAAUCUCUUCAUCAUAAACCGGUUAUCACCAUGUUUCUGACGCGUGUUGACACCACGCUGGCGCUUUUUGCCCUCAUGGUUUUUCCACUGUUGCUGGAAUGUGCCAUCACAUGUCAGAUGAUAAACCAAAGUGAUUAUGUUGAGGGACCUGUGAAACUGACCCCGGAGGUGGUCCAGGUUCCCGGGGAGGCGUAUUCUGAAUGUGUCACUCUCCAUGUUUGGAUGAAGGCUCAUGACAUCUGCAAAACCCCGAAGAUUGAAAUUCUCUCACCGUCCACGGAGACAUUAUGGCCAAAGGGGAAAAAGGGGAAAAAGAAAAAAAAGUGCAUCAAUGCACCAAUUCCACCUGAGAACGGAAUCCCGUGUGUCAAACGGAAGGACCACAGUCCCAGCUCUCACUUGUGGGAGUUUAAAUAUGAUUGUAUCAAGGCUGAAGCCGAGCGUGUAGUUUCUGUGACCUACAGCACAGCAUCGACACACUACACCGUCAGCUACACUGUGCCAGAUCCCGUCCCAGAGUUUGAGCUGUCUGUGAACCGCUCGUCAAAGUCCGUCACCGUGACUGUGCAGCUGGGACAGAAAGUGCACACCAGAUGGUGCUACAGAAACACAGAUGGAGCGUGCAUGGGCGGCUCAAGCUCCACCCAAAUCACUAUCGAUCCAUCGAAAUCUCCAUCAGCUGUUCUUAACCUGUCGUACCUGCUGCCCUGUGUGUGUGUGCAGGUAUAUUACACCUACAGAGAUGCACGGCGAUAUCUAAAGUGUCCUUUUCUGAAGGAAAGUCUCUCAGAGGUUGGAGACGUGUGGCGUUCCUCUGAAGUCACUCUGUAUGAGACAGCUUUGACGUGGAGCUCAGUGUGUCCUGCCAGCAACAUGAACGUCUCUGCUGCCCUCUGCUGGAAGCAGCGCGACCACCUCUGCAUACCUGUGUUCAACUCCACGCUGGAGGAGAAGGACGGCGACGGGUCGGACCUGAUAUUUGACACGUCUGCAGUGGACAAACACCCAAACAUGUGUGUGCAGUUCUCUCUACAAGGCAGCCACAACAUCACUUGUCCCUUCCAGGCUGAUGUGCCGUCCUGGGAGGUGGACAUUGGACUGAGCAAAAAAAGUGUGUUUGUGUCUCUCACGUCUGCCGUCACAGCUGUGUUCUCCUCUCAACUCUGUGUCGUUAGCGAGGAUGGUUGUUCACCCUUAGGCCCUGUUCACACACUAAGAAUGGAGGGGAAACCUGCAGAGAUAAAGAUAAACAUGCCCGCCGACUUUCUUGUUCAGAAGCCGUGUGUGCAGGUGUGGCAGUCAGAUCCUGCUCUUCAUGGGAAACGGAUUCUGUGCUGGGACUACACACACAACAGACGUGGCCUGUAUGCGUUUGCAGUUUUGAUUCUCGUGGUUGUUUUCGUGUCACUGGGAGUUUUCAUCUACCGUCUCACUAGAAGUGGAGCAGCAGGCUGGCUGUACGUGCAGAAGCCAGUGUUGCUGGUGUGUUCAUCAGAGCAGUCAGCCCACGUGUCUGCUGUGUGCGCUUUAGCCUCACUUCUGCAGGGGGAGCUACAUGCCACAGUGCACACGGCUCUGUGGGCCCAAAGCUCACAAAGUGGGACUGGGACCGGGACCGGAGUGGCAGAUCUGGGUCCACUUCCUUGGCUGUACGGGCAGUGGGAGUCUGUGCGCAGGGCUGAAGGAAAAGUGCUCAUUAUUUGGAGUCAUGAGGCCACGACGUCCUAUGAGAAAUGGAAGGCGAAGAGGGAAAACACGGAUAAGAAGGAGAAAUAUAAAAAAGCCGGAGAAGAUUGUGACGAAAAAGACUGGUACCAACAGAGGGAGCCCUCUUCGGUGAUAGCGCCAAUGUUUGCAGGUGCUCUGGCCUGCCUGCAGGGGGCACUGCAGCAGUCCAGAGGUCAAGGGGUGGCCAUUGUGUAUUUCCAGGGCCUGGGCCACAGCAGAGACAUCCCCAAAGCCUUCAGAGACGUCCCUCGCUACUGCCUCCCGCAGGACUUCAGGGGUUUGAUACAGGAGCUGGGAGGCAUUAAGAGAAGGACCAACACUCAGGGUCAAUUAAAGACGCACUGUUGGCCAAGACUGCUGGCUAAAGUGCAGUCGAUAUGGCUGGCACGACAGCUGGCUCACAGACUGCAAACGCUGCUGCCUCAGACCGCGGGCCGCGGAAGGAGAACACAAAGGCGGAGUCUCGCGUCGUCAAAGAGAAAGAUUUCAGAUAAGAAGCCGGGUGAGCUCGAGAGGACACUGGCUGCAAAUGGAGCGAGUCCAGAAGCCGCACACGAGCAAGAGCCUCUCCACGGGUCACGGCGCAGAGCCGAGGAGCUUUAAUCUCAGGUUUCACAGGUCGAGAGCAGACUUUUGUUCUGCAGGAAACGCGAGACGUACAUGAGAAACCGGAGCUGGCGUUCUUUUGUGAGCAGCUCGGAGCCAAAACACUCCCAAACAACUCUUCUUUACUUUGACGCCGUCAUGUCAAAAACUGCAUAUUUGCAUAUUGAGAAGGUGAACGCUGCAGAGACUGAGGCCCUUUUAUGGCUGACACCAAUCACAAACACCCGACUUAUCUCUGUAAAAAUGCUAACCACACGGUUGCAAAUGAUACCUCACUUUCUUCACGUGUGUAUUUAAUGUUUGAAAGCCUUGUGACAGCACAGCGCAGCACAGUACAGUAUUUUUUUGCAUUUGCAUUUGCUCUUUCAAGGUCACAUCUUUGAAUCAUUACAAGUGAGACUUGUUUCUCUGCAGCCCUGUAUUUAAAAUUAACAUUUAAAUAAACUUAUUUAACCUUUAUUUGACCAGGAAAAAGUCCCAUUGAGAUGAAGAGCCUCUUUUCAAGGGAGACCUGGCCAAGCUCAUCUAAAACUCAGACAUCUUUGUAAAUCCUCCUCCAGUUCUUUCAAUUUUUACACACCGACUACCUCUCAAUACUCAAGAACGCAACGUAAGUCCAACACAGGGACGUCCCUCUUUCAGAAAACAUGACAAAUGUCCUCAGUGUUGGUGUCCAGUUCCAAGAUAAUAAAGGAAUUACACCCCAAUUCAAAACGUUGAAGAGUCUUGUUUGCCAGGGAGAUUCUUUUCUUUCAUUUUUUUAUAAACAUAGAGCCUGUUUGGUUAAUUGUCAUGUGUCAGAUCCAGGCAGAGCAGCAGUGGACAAGUACAAAGCCCACAAAGGACGACACUGCACAAACCGGCUCAGUUUACAGAGAGCAGACCGCCAAGACAGACGACUUGGAACUUUGAGAACUGCACAGAAACUUCAGGACUUCUGAUUGUAGCUGCAGGACGUUCUCUACUACUACAGCCGUGGAACACACUUAUAAGUGAAGGGACUGGAGUGAUGUGGUCAUGUUUUUGUCAAAUUUUUGUCAGGAUCCUGGCAGCGCUGGAGCCUCUGGAGGAUAAAGGAUAAAGGAUAAAGGAGCGCAUUACAGUAGCCCAGCCUGGUUGAGGGAAAGACUAUUUACAGUCCAAAAAGACUCCUACUGUCUCCUUGGUAACAUCCUUUCGCACAUCUGGGAUGCUGUCCUCAACUGGAGACAAACAGGGGGACGUAGUCAUCCCCCGCUGUCUCACAAACUUGUCUCACUAAAGCUUAAGUUACAUUCAUGCCAUUUCACUCUGUUUCACUAAAAGAACUUGAAAUUCGAUUGACGUGACUGAACCAAACCAAGCUCCACAAUCAUUCCUGCAGACCGGGUCCCACUGGGAUAUCCGUGCUCUUGACUGCAUGUCCAUCGCAGGAAAAUGGACAAAAAAAAUGAGUGAUUUUACCGAAUCAUUGUAGCUAUCUUAUGCCAAACAGUAGAGGGAAAGAUAACGCCAGUAUUAUUCAAAUACUGUCAACCGUACAUGUUCUGUGCAGAUGUCGCCUGAAAAUCUUACUAGAAUGUUAAAGCCGUUAAAAGUGAGACUCGGGUACUUUCCCAGGUCAAAACUUAUCUCGGUCUGUGCUGAAAAUUGGCACGAAAUACUUGUUUUAGUUUUUCCUGCUUCAGUGAGCAGAGAUAUCAACACUGCCGGGGUUACACAAUAAUACAUAUGUCAUGAAUGUAGAAUAAGGAGUGACGUCAACAUGAAUUAAAUACACUCCAGUGUUUUGAGUGAAAGAGCUGAUUGACGGA